AUGGGGGAAUUAGCUGACUAUCAAAGACUGGAGAAGAUCGGAGAGGGUACCUACGGUGUCGUUUAUAAAGCGCUCGAUAUAAGACACAAUAACCGGGUGGUAGCGCUGAAAAAAAUCAGAUUAGAGUCCGAGGACGAAGGUGUGCCUUCCACCGCCAUCAGAGAGAUCUCCCUGUUGAAAGAACUGAAAGAUGACAAUAUCGUCCGAUUGUAUGACAUAGUCCAUUCUGACUCGCAUAAGCUGUAUCUAGUGUUUGAAUUUUUGGAUUUGGACUUCAAAAAAUACAUGGAAUCGAUUCCACAGGGUGCAGGGUUGGGAGCUGCCAUGGUAAAGCGAUUCAUGAUUCAAUUGAUCCGAGGAAUCUUGUACUGCCACUCGCACAGGAUCUUGCAUAGAGACCUUAAGCCUCAGAAUCUACUUAUUGAUAAAGAGGGUAACUUGAAGUUGGCAGAUUUCGGUCUUGCCAGAGCAUUUGGUGUGCCCUUGCGUGCCUACACACAUGAAGUUGUUACACUUUGGUACAGAGCCCCAGAGAUCUUACUAGGAGGCAAACAGUAUUCUACAGGAGUGGAUAUGUGGUCUAUUGGAUGUAUCUUUGCAGAGAUGGUCAACAGAAAGCCAUUGUUCGCAGGAGAUUCAGAAAUUGACCAGAUAUUCCGAAUCUUCAGGGUGUUGGGAACUCCCAACGAGGAAAACUGGCCCGAAGUCAAUUACCUCCCUGACUUCAAGCCCACAUUUCCCAAAUGGGGUAGAAAGAGCUUAGCUUCGGUCGUUACUUCGUUGGACGCUGACGGUAUUGACCUUUUAGAGCGCUUGCUUGUCUACGACCCGGCCGGCCGAAUCUCCGCCAAGCGUGCUCUUCAGCACUCCUACUUCUUUGAUGAUGCAAUCACUGCUCCGCUUACCGAUGCUGAUCACGAGCUACACCAAUCCAACAUGCAAGUGGACACUUCAGCAGUGUAUACUUGA